CCUCCUCCUCCUCCUCCUCCUCUCCUCCUGGGAUUUUCCUCCUUCUCCCCUCCCCUCCGUCCCUCCCUCCUCUCUUUCUUUCCUCCUUUUCACCUCCCUGGAACAAAAGUGGCCCUUUCGGCUGCGCCAGCGCUGCCUGCGAGCGGGGCCGCUUUGUCUGCCGGGGUCACCGGCACCGCCACCGCGCCGCCACCGCCGCCGCCACCAUGGGGACCCCGCGGGCGGCCGGUGGCCGGGCGCUGCCGGCGCUGGCAGGGAUGGUGGCACUGCUGCUGGCAGCGGCGUUGGCCAGCUGCCCCGAGCGGGAGCUGGAGCGCAGGGAGGAGGAGGCCAACGUGGUGCUGACGGGCACGGUGGAGGAGAUCAUGAACGUGGACCCGGUGCACCACACCUACUCGUGCAAGGUGCGGGUCUGGCGCUACCUGAAGGGCAAGGACAUCGUCACCCACGAGAUCCUGCUGGACGGGGGCAACAAGGUGGUGAUCGGGGGCUUCGGGGACCCGCUGAUCUGUGACAACCAGGUGGCCACGGGGGACACGCGCAUCUUCUUCGUCAACCCCGCGCCGCAGGCGCUGUGGCCCGCGCACCGCAACGAGCUCAUGCUCAACUCCAGCCUGAUGCGCAUCACGCUGCGCAACCUGGAGGAGGUGGAGCACUGCGUGGAAGAACAUAGGAAGCUUCUCGCCGACAAACCCAACAGCUACUUCACGCAGACGCCGCCGCCGCCGCGGGAUGGGUGCCGGGGGAUGCUGUGUGGCUUCGGGGCCGUGUGCGAGCGCAGCCCCUCGGAGCCGGGCCAGGCCUCGUGCGUGUGCAGGAAGGGUCCCUGUGCCCCCGUGGUGGCCCCGGUGUGCGGCUCCGACCACUCCACCUACAGCAACGAGUGCGAGCUGGACAGGGCCCAGUGCAACCAGCAGAGGAGGAUCAAGGUGGUCAGCAAGGGACCCUGCGGCUCCAAGGACCCCUGUGCAGAGGUGACGUGCAGCUUUGGCAGCACCUGCGUGCCCUCCGCUGACGGCCAGGCGGCCAAGUGCGUGUGUCCCUCGUCGUGCGGCGGCGUCCCCGAGAGCCCCGUGUGCGGCAGCGACGGCCGCGACUACCGCAGCCAGUGCCACCUCAACAAGCACGCCUGCGACAAGCAGGAGAACGUCUUCAAGAAGUUCGACGGCCCCUGCGACCCGUGCCAGGGCGUGCCCAGCGAGCCCAGCCGCGUGUGCCGGGUGAACCCCCGGACGCGGCGGGCGGAGCUGCUGCCCCGGCCCGAGGGCUGUCCCCCCGCCAGGGACCCCGUGUGCGGCGACGACGGCGUCACCUACGACAGCGAGUGCGCCAUGGCGCGCUCGGGCGCCAUCCGGGGCAUGGACAUCCAGAAGGUGCGCUCGGGGCAGUGCCAGCAGCAGGACCAGUGCCAGGAGGAGUGCCGCUUCGGCGCGGUGUGCCUGAACCGGCGCGGGGCCGCGCGCUGCUCCUGCGAGCGCAUCGCCUGCGACGGCGCCUUCCGGCCCCUGUGCGCCCGCGACGGCCGCACCUACGGCAGCGACUGCCAGCGGCGCCGCGCCGAGUGCCUGCAGCAGCAGCCCAUCCCCACCCGCCACAGCGGGCCCUGCGACCUGGGCGCGCCCAGCCCCUGCCUGAGCGUGGAGUGCUCCUUCGGGGCCACGUGCGUGGUGAAGAACCAGGAGGCCGUGUGCGAGUGCCAGCAGCAGUGCCAGGGCCGCUACGACCCCGUGUGCGGCACCGACCAGCGCACCUACGGCAACCCCUGCGAGCUGCACGCCAUGGCCUGCCUGCUGCAGAGGGACAUCGGCCUCCGCCACAAGGGACCCUGCGAGCGCUGCGGGAAGUGCCGGUUCGGUGCCAUCUGCGAGGCGGAGACGGGGCGCUGCGUGUGCCCCACCGAGUGCGUGCCCUCGGCGCAGCCCGUCUGCGGCACCGACGGCAACACCUACGGCAGCGAGUGCGAGCUGCACGUCCGCGCCUGCACCCAGCAGAAGGACAUCCAGGUGGCGGCCCAGGGCCACUGCAAGUCGUGUGGCAGCUCCGUGUGCUCCUUCGGUAGCCGCUGCGUGGCCGGGCAGUGCCUGUGCCCGCGCUGCGAGCGCCAGCCCCCGGCCCCCGUCUGCGGCACCGACGGCGUCACCUACGACAGCCCCUGCCAGCUGCAGGUGGCCUCGUGCCAGCAGCAGAAGAGCAUCGAGGUGGCCAGGAUGGGACCCUGCGAGGACGAGUGCGGCUCGGGGGGCUCCGGCUCGGGGGACGGCAGCGAGUGCGAGCAGGAGCGCUGCCGCCAGUUCGGGGGCUGGUGGGACGAGGACGCCGAGGACGAGCCCUGCGUCUGUGACUUCACCUGCGUGGCCGUGCCCCGCAGCCCGGUGUGCGGCUCUGACGGCGUCACCUACGCCAGCGAGUGCGAGCUGAAGAAGGCGCGGUGUGAGAAACGCCAGGAGCUCUUUGUCACCAGCCAGGGAGCCUGUCGGGGUGAGUCCCCUGGGUGUGUCCCCAGGUGUGUCCCCAGGUGCGUGCCCUGA